AUGGCGAACCAAAACGGCCAGAUCGGUCAGAACGGUCAGAAAGACCAGCAACUGGCGCCUCCAACACCAGAUUACAUCACGAUGGGAGGUGACGAUGAGGGAAUGGAGACGCCUAGCUUACAGACCGGUAUCAAAGCGAAACCAAAGCGGAUUAUAGUAUGCUGUGAUGGAACGUGGAUGGACUCAUUAGGGAAGGGGGGAGAAGAACCACCAUCAAAUGUUACUCGCAUCUCUCGCGUCCUGCGCCGAACAUGUUAUGAUGGGACUCACCAAGUUAUUGCCUACGUGCCUGGUGUUGGAACAAGUAACAAGUUGGAUUCCAUCACCGGCGGCGCCUUUGGCAUGGGACUGGACCAGGACAUCCGCGAAGUCUACAACUUCAUUUGCACCAACUACGUCGACGGCGACGAGAUUUUCCUCAUCGGUUUCUCACGAGGCGCCUUCACCGCUCGUUCCACAGCCGACAUGAUCGCCUCCCUCGGCAUCCUCACACCCGACGGUCUAGACCGGUUCUACUCCGUCUUCAACGAUUAUAUGUACAUGGGCACUCCCUCGCGGAACAAGACCGAGUUCAUCAUCCCCGACCUACCCGAGUACGAAGGCCAAAAGGGCCAGGAGAAGAACGACUGGGAAGAGGAACGAACAAGAGUUUACAGGGAACGACUGAUCGAGCUGGGUUAUUCGCGGGAUAAGUUCAACGACAAGAAGACGGAUAUCACGAUCAAGGCGCUGGGGGUAUGGGAUACGGUCGGCGCGUUGGGAAUCCCGCCUGCGCCGGUGAUUGGCGUGAGAGGGUCAUCUAAUCAGUGGGCUUUUACCAAUACCCAGAUCUCGGAUAAGGUUGAGCAUGCGUUUCAGGCGCUGGCGCUUGAUGAGCCACGGUAUGCUUUCCGCCCGGCUCUGUGGGAACGGUUACCCGGGAGCAAGACGAAUCUGAAGCAGGUGUGGUUUCCGGGGACGCAUGCGAAUGUUGGUGGAGGAUGGUAUGAUCAGCAGAUUGCUGAUAUUACGCUGGCUUGGAUGUGCGACCAACUGUCGACCCUCGGCGUCGAGUUCAACCUCACAAGGAUGCACUCCAUCUUCCUUGACUCUCUUCGCUACUCCGCCGCUCACCCAUUCCCUUACUCCCCGCCUUCCUUCGCCCAGUCCCUCCUAACAAAAGGGAAAUCAACCAUCUCCAAACUCCUCACCAUCGGCAAACCCUCCUCAUCCUCCUCUCGACCGUCCUCCUCAUCACCCAUUUCCCCGCGACAAUCCACCUCCUCUUCCCGCUCACACACCUCCCAAUCUCAAUCCCACGCCCACUCAAAAUCCCACUCCCUCUCCAGCCCAGCCACAGCCCCCGCCAUCCCCUGGGCUCGACCCGAACUUUUCCACCCACCCCCUUCCGCUUCCCCUUCUUCCCCUUCUCCUUCUCCUUCCCCUUCCCCCUCUCCCCAAGCUCCCUACAAAGGUCUCCUCCUCCGCGACACAGCAGAAUGCAACCCCAUCCACACGCACUCGCACCCCCCUCUCGUCUCCUCCGUCCCCCAACUUUUCAGUCUGGGCGCCCGCCCCUGGGCCCUCGGAACCCUCCGCAACCCCGCCACCAACCUCACCACCUUAGCGGGCCGCACCGUCCGCCGCCCCGGCCUCUUUCUGCGCGUAGACGAGGACACAAACCAAGAUACGCCGCACCCGCUACUCUCCACAGGCGAAACUAUACAUAGUUCAGUCCGCGUCCGUCUAGCAUGUGGCGGUUUAGCGCCCGAUGAUAAAGAACCCUGGCUUUGCCCCGCGCUUUUAAAGGGGAUGGACGGGCGCCCGCUCUGGCGAUUGGAACGGGGUUGGGCCUUUGGGAAAUCCGAGCAGGAUAAACUGGCUACUUUCGUGCCGAAAGAGUUGCGGUUGUUGGGACGGGUGUAUCCGACGGAUAAGUUGUAUGAUGUCAAGAUGGAGGAGAUGGGGUGGCGGUGGGUAUAUGUUGGGGAUGAGAGGAGUGUGCAGACGGGGACGGGCAGCGGGAAAAUACAGUUUGGGAAGGGGGUGAGGUUUCCUGAUCGGAAAGUACUUGCUGAGGAGCCGCUUUUGGGGAUAUUGGAGAGGUAUUUGUUGGGAUGUUGA